UCUGGUCACACUGGCGCGUGCACCAUAAUCGAGUUGAGUUGUUCGCAGUUUAGUCAAACAAAAAUUUUAAUUUAAAUUUACUCUUAUUGUGACAAACAACAACGAAUUAGUGUUCAACAAACAGCUUAAUAAAUCCAAUGCAGCAUAGCGACAGUGUCUGUGUGUGGGCGUGCGCGAAACAGCAUCAAAUUACACAAGUGUAAACGCGAAACCAAACAAAUAUUGAUUUUUUCAUAGAAAAGGGCACCGCGAGUAUUCGUUCUUCUUAUUGUUGUUGCUGUUGUUGUGCGUGCCAGUUAACUACAUACGCAUACACCGAGUUGCCAGUUUUGUUAAGGCAAAAGAAUAAGCAAAAAGACUGCCAAGAAAACUGAAAGCAACAACAACAAACGCGCACAUCAGUAAAUUUCCACAAAUUUGUAAUUAAACUGCUGCCCAGAUCCCGUCUACCCCCCGCCGAACCACUUGAUUUGUGUUACUCUAACUGUUGUUGUUGUUGUUGUUCGCUGGAAGUUCUACAAAAGGAAACACAAGCAGAACGAACGUCAGUGUUGAAAUUUCGGUGACGCAUUUAAUCAGCAGCCAGAUCUCUGAAUUGCUGUGCAAAAUUCCAUGUGACCAGAGCUUUUUGGAGAAGAGACCCUUGGGCAAACCGCAGAGCAGCACCAUUUGCCGCAUAGAACUGGAACUGGGUUAAUGUAAUGCACAUUGAGUGAACGAGCGAGCGAGCGAGCCAGCGGGGGUAAUCAGAGCGGAGAGUAGCUGAGUGCUGCGGUGGUUGCCAGACUGCAACAUGUGUGCGUCGUUGUGUGUGUACAGCGCACUGAGAGUUUUAUCUGCAUAUGAAAACCUCACAGAGCAGGCUAAGUAUUGUGGAAGUGCGAGAGAGUGACAGGCCCACACACACAUAACAUAUAUACGUAAUAUAAAGAGCACAACUAGAGCACACGAAAGAAAGUAAGCAAAAAAAAAAAAGAAGAAAAAAAAAACACAAACAAUGCCGCAAUCAGAGGGCGGCUAUGUGUCGCUGCCGGCAACGAAUGGCAAUGGCAAUGGCAGCGCCAUCUAUCAGUCCACCACAGAACCACAUGCAGCGUCGCCCACCUCCGUCUUUGAAAGCAUGAAACGUGCAAUUGGUCAGGCGAUCAAAUCCUCGCCAAGCGAUAGCGAGGAGCUGGUGCGCAUGGAGCGACCGGUGGUCAUUGUUGGUGGUGGUGCCAGUAUUUAUUUCAGAGACCGCGACAAAACUGGUAAGACACUGAACACCAAGAUGCCAUCAGCACCAACACACACUGCCGAGGAGGCACAUCUGCUGGGCACCAUGCCCGUCGAUCCCAUGGAUGACAUCGAACUGCGCUCGGUGCAGCUGCAAUUUCCCAAUGCACGCGGCUCCAUUUUGGAGGCCUGCGAACAGCGACGUGUGCCCACAGACAAGGGCGACAUACAUGUCGCCAUACAGGGCGACACCUCAAAGCCGGCCAUAGUCACCUACCACGAUCUGGGACUCAACUAUGCCACCAGUUUCGCUGGCUUCUUCAAUUAUCCAGUCAUGCGCGGUUUGCUGGAGAACUUUUGUGUGUAUCAUGUUACGGCACCCGGACAGGAGGAGGGCGCGCCUACAUUGCCAGAGGACUAUGUGUAUCCAACCAUGGAUGAGCUGGCAGCACAGCUGCUGUUUGUGCUCUCGCAUUUCGGGCUGAAGUCGGUGAUUGGCUUUGGCGUUGGUGCCGGCGCCAAUAUAUUGGCACGUUUCGCUCAUGGUAAUCCGGAUAAGGUGGGCGCACUGUGCCUAAUCAACUGUGUGUCAACGCAAUCGGGCUGGAUCGAAUGGGGCUAUCAGAGCUUCAAUGCGCGCUUUUUGCGCACCAAGGGCAUGACACAGGGCGUCAUCGAUUAUCUGAUGUGGCAUCAUUUCGGCCGCAAUCCGGAGGAGCGCAAUCACGAUCUGGUGCAGAUGUACAAGCAGCACUUCGAGCGCGGCGUCAAUCCCACUAACCUGGCCAUGCUCAUCAAUGCGUACAUACAUCGCAACGACUUACAUUUGGCGCGCACACCUCCGGGCACACCUGGUGCAGAGACGGCAGCGACCACGCUUAAGAUGCCGGUUAUCAAUAUAACCGGUUCGCUUUCGCCGCACGUGGACGAUACGGUGACAUUCAAUGGCCGCUUGGAUCCAACCAACUCAUCCUGGAUGAAGAUCUCGGAUUGCGCCAUGGUGCUGGAGGAGCAACCGGCUAAGCUGGCUGAGGCCUUUCGGCUGUUCUUGCAGGGCGAGGGCUAUGCAACGCCGCUGUCAACGCCGGCUAGUUCUCCCUGCGGCACCAAAUAUCACACCUAUUCAUCGAUAUUCUUUGCCAACUUCCGUGAGCAACAAUUGCAGGCCGCCCAGGAAAGAGAGCGAGAGCGCCAGCUGCAGCUAAGCUUGCGCGUCGGCAAUCGACUGCGAGAGACGGCCAUCAACUGCAGUGGCAGCAGCAUGAGCAGCAGCAGCAGCAGCAACAACAAUGCAAAUGACCCGAAUAGCGAAGAGGAUCUGGAUGUGGAGAAUGGCAACGGGAAUGGCAAUCGGGCAUAUGUGACCACUGAUACAUCCGGUACGCUCUACUUUGGCACACAAAGCAACAAGAUACGCAUCACUGAGAAUCCACUGCCCGAGCCGAUUAGCUCUUAGAUUGUUAAAAACUACUCUUAUACUCAAGCACACACACACACACACACACACAAACAAAGAGAGCAAGAGA